AUGUUGAUCGGAUUCAAAUGCAAGUAUUUUGAUGCAUCAGAAGCAAACUUCCCUGCUGCAUUAUUCAAUUUACUGGCUGUAGUUUUGCAUAUUGUUUCUAAUUCACAGGAUUCAUACAUACAUCAGUUAGCAGUGCUGUGGGCUUUCAAAAAGCAUGUAACAAUUUAUUUUGCAGUAAACAAAAAUUGCAGAAUCGGUAUUCGGCAUUUUUGGCAUUCCGCUAAGUUUGGAUCAUUUGUUGAUGUCGGAGGUAAUCACCAUACAACAUAUCACUUCGAUGGCAAAGUGUUAGUUGAUUGCAUCACACCUUUAAUUGCAAAUUUAUUCUAUAUUCUAAUUGCGUUCUGUUUUGUCGUUGUCGUAAAAUCUACUCUGGCGUGUAUUUUGAGCAUUAUGUCGUUGCAAGCAGGAUUCACUUUAUGGUUAAGACGGAAUGCAAUCUUGGAAAUAAGCAGUAUGAUAUUGGCAAUAUUAGCAUGUAUAAUAGCUUUGUUUGUGGGAUUGUUGGUUCAUUCAGCAAAUUCAUUCUCUCAUGUAACAGCUGGUACUGGUUCAAUAUUGAUUAUAUUAAGUGGUACCAGCUCACUUUUUGCUGCUGCAGCAGGGUUGCGAAGGACGUAUCGUAUUGCCCGUCAAAGACGAGCUGAGAACCAGCGUAUUAUGUGUUCACGAUCACUUCGUUCAUGGAGAGAACUUGGCCGACGCCCUGAAGAUAUGCGUCCUAUAAUAGAUUUUGAACGUUAUUUAGAUUCUUCUUGGACAGCACCGAUCGGAGCUCCUUAA